AUGCCCAAAUAUUUAUAUUCAAGUAAAUAUUCCUCUACCAUCAUUUCUCCUUAUUUUUCGCUUGUACUAAUCUUUAUUAAUAAGAACUGUCCAAGUUCAAUCGAGCAAGUCAUUAUUAUAGAAUGUUUUACCCCAGCGGUCAGUCACGUGUUACCAUUUACCUCCUUCCUCCUAUCUCGCCAAAUCUCAGCAAUGGCCGCCUGCCUUGCUUUAGCCGAACCAACACCAUAUCCCUCGAAUCCCCAUACCGACAUUGUUUAUGUGUCCAUUCUUAUCGUCAGUCUGUCUGUCUGUCGCUCUUUACAUUCAUUUUUCGGUUAUCGCUUCUGCUUCCUUUCCUUUUGCGAUAAUUUUCCCUUUCAUUCCCAUUUUUGGUUUACCCAACUUCAUCCUCGCUUUCUUUAUUUCUUCUUCCUUUUUGAUUAUCCCUCCCGCCAGUUUUUCUUUUUCUUUCUUUCUUUCUUUUGUUAUUCUUCUUCUUUAUUUCUCCCUUUACUUUUAGACAUUUUCUUUUCUCAUUCCAUAUAUUUUUCUUUUCAUUCUCAUUUUGCCUUUCUUUCUUCAGUUCUAUUUCUCAUAUCAUCAUAUUUUUUUCUUCCUGCAUUCUAUAAUUCAUCUAUUUCGUUCUUAUUUCUCCGUUAUUUAUUCAUAUAUUACUUGAACUUUUCCUACUUCAGAUCUGUUAACUAUAUUCAAAAUGGCCUUUUGUCCCUGAUUCUUUUUAUUUUAGCUUCAAUAUUAUCUUUGUAUUUUUGUUUAAUUGCUUCAACUUUCUUUCUAUCAUUUUCAUUUCUCUCAUUCUUUGGCCAUUAUUUCUUUUUUUCUUCCUUUCUCAUUUCUCAAAUUCUUAAUUCUUUCAUUCAUUUUUCUUUCUUUCUUUUUCCCACCUUUCUUCUUUGUUCCUUUCUUCGUGUAUUCUUUACUUCUUUCUUUUUCUUUUCUUUCUGUGUUCAUUCUUUUUUUUCUUUAUUUCAUCGUUUUGUUAUUUCCUUCUUGUCUACUCUCUUUCUUUCAUAUCUUUCUAUUUUUCUUUCGUUCUUUCUCUUUUCUCUCAUUCUUUUUUCAUUAAUUCAGUCACUCUUUCUUUCUUUUUUAUUUCUUCAUUCAUUAAUCUUUCUGAUUCUUUUGUACAUUCUUUCUUUCUCAUUUCUCUUAUUCUUUUUUUCCUAUCUUCCUUCUUUGUUUCUUUCUCUGUGUCUUCUUUAUUUUCUUUAUUUCUUAUUCAUUCUUUUUUCUUCAUUAUGUUUUCUUUCUUUCUUUCUUCUUUUUUUGUUAUUUUCUUCCUGUCUUCUUUCUUUCUUUCUUUUUCAUUUCUUUCUAUUUUCUUUGGUUCUUUCUUCUUUUUCUCAUUCUCAUUCUUUGUUCAUUAAUUCAGUCGAUAUUUCGUUCUUUCUUCUUUCUUCUUUCUUCGCUCCUCCUGAUUAUGUUUUCAUUCUUUCUUUCUUCACCAUUUCUCUUAUUCUUUCUUUUUCUUCCUUGCUUCUCUCUUUGUUUCUUUUCUUCUUUCCUUUUUUAUUUCCUUCAUUCUUUUUUCUUUUUCUAUUUCCUUCUAUGUUCUUUCUUUUUUCUUUCUUUUUAUUAUUAUUUCUUCUUUAUUCUUCUUUUCUUUCUUGUUUCUUCGCUUUUCUCCAUCUUACUUUCUUUUAUUUCUUUCUUUGUUUCUUUGUUUCUUUAUUUAUAAUUCGUUCUUUGUUCUUUCUUUUUUUUACUUCUUUCUUUUUCUAUCUUUCUUUCGUCCUUUACUUUCCUUUUCUUUUCUUCUUUCUUUGUACCCCCCUUUAUUUAAUCUUAUUUUCUUUAUUCAUUUCUUUUUCUUCUCUUUUUAUAUUUUAUUCUAUUUCUUUCUUUCUUAUUUCUUUCUUUUUUUCUUUCCUUUUUCUUUUUUCUUUCUUCAAUUCUUUCAUUUUCUUUUUUCAUUCCGUUCUUUCUUUCUUUCAUUCUUUCUUUCUUUCUUUUCCGUCCUUUUCUUUCUUUCUUUCUUUUCCUUCGUUUCUUUUUUCUUUAUAUCAUUUAUUUAUGUAUUUCCAUUUAUUUUUUGCACACUCAUAUUCAGAUUUUAAUUUUCUUUUCUCGCUUUUAUGGAUCGUUCACAUCACAUGUUAG